CUCUGAAGCGUGGAUACAAUAAUAAAUUCGUCUCCGCAAUUCGUACGAAAGUGUAGCGCAAAAACGCGCUUUCAAGUCUGAUUAAAUCACGCAAUUUUAAAAAAAGAGUGCAGACAUAUAUUAGUUCAUCACGAGACGAUCUUGGAUAGAGUACACAGUGAUUAUCCGAACAUAAAUAUUUCAUGACGAGACGCCGGCAUAAACGAUCACAGAAGAAGGCCAAGUUUCCGAAGGUGCAGGAAUCUUCUCAAAAAAAUGUUCGGGCGAGAUUCUUUGAUCGGAGAAAUAAAGAUAAAGAAACAAGCGAUGUUUCGCAUCCGUAUCAAUGUUCUCCGGAAUCAGUGCUGUUCGAAUCACCUCACGUGGACACGCUCUGCGGUAAUAAGCUCAGUCCGGAGAUCAUUUCCAAACAACCUAGGACGAAAUUGGAGAGCUUCAAAAACGAUUCGAAAAUCGAGAGCGCUGCGCGAAUGAUGGAGCAAUCGAGUCCGAUUUCGUCCAAGUAUUGCGAGUCGAAGUUUCAGAAUUACGAUUUUAAGCACGAUACCAAGUACAUAAAUGAUUAUUCUAAUUUAGAAAAUCGUGGACACAGGCGAGAUGCUAUCAAAUCGAUCGCCAGCGACUCGUUUGAUCUCACGAAGAAAUAUUCGUUCUGUUUAUCGUCCUUGAGCAAUAAGAUAAACAACGCGACGAAUAGAACGGCCGAUGUAACACAUGAUGAGGGAUCCUCGAAUACCGUUAAUGAAGAGGCCUAUCGAAAUAUUUCGAGGUCAGCGAUAUUUCGCUCUAAUUUGUUAUCCCAAUCGCGUAACGACGAUGAUCACUUAUGCAUUUUCGCAAAUGUCCCAGAAUCUGCAAAUUUCAAUGAACAACGAUCUCCCAGCUCGAAUCAACGAGAUGAUCACUACAGUAUAUUUGAAACGAUGAACGAUUGUUAUUUGUUAGACAAGACGCUUUCGAUGAACGACAAUCUCAUGCGCGAAAUGAAUAGCUAUCUGCAGGACGAGCAGUCGUCGACGAUCAUCGUCAACAAAUUGGAGACGGAUUGCAUCUCGGAAUCCCCACAUUUUGAGAUUUUAUGCGAGACCGACGAGCGAAGCGAGCUUCGUAAAUCCGUCGGUGGGUCUGACGAUGGAUUGCGAAAUAAUUCAGGUAAAAACAAGAGGAGGACAUCGAGUGACAAUAAAAAAUUCGACGUCGUGCUCGAGAAGAUUGGCGAACGUUUGACAGCAAAUUGGCGUGAGUUUCGAAAGAUCUUCGCGUAUCUGCGGCGAGUGCAGAACAGGAAAACUCGCGAUGACGACGCAGUCGAAAGCAGCGAGUACUUGUUACACAAGUAUAGGAGGUUCCCCUACAUCUCUGCCUCGACAUUGUCCCUGCCCUCCAUGUUUUGCACAUCUACUUCGCCGAGGAGAUUGAACCAUCAUGAAUCAGGCGAAUGCGAAAGAUCCAAAUCAUUGAAGCGAGAAGCCAGGAACAGAGAAAUUCCACCGGAACCCACGACGCCUCGCAUCGGAUUGAUGAAACGCUGUCGCCGGACGACCUUGACAUUCGAAGAUGAGGACGAAGGAGAGACGGCCAGUCAUCGGCAACCGGCAACUCGCGCGGAUAUCAUGGAUCCGCUUUCGGAAAUGAAGAAGGACGAGGAGCGUUCACUUUUGUUAGAUUUGUCGUCGUUCUAUGAAAUGCGUCCUCAAAAUGAUCAAGACAGCCGCUUCCCAGAAUCAACGACCACUUCCAACAUCGAAAUAUCUGGUCGUGAUUGUCCUAACGACUCUCUGCAAAAAGGUUACAAGAAACUACAACAGAAAUUGAUCGUCUCACCUUUAUCAAGUUCUUGGGCAAAAAAAUUUGAUCAUCUGGUGGAAACAAUGCGUUCCGAAAAGGAAACGCUGCAUGUAAUGUCGGAAAGGAUGACGCGACUUUCGGAAGAUUUUGACCAGAUACGAACAAAUACCGAAACCACUCUUAAUGCUUUGACAACCAAUGUGAACAUCUUUCGUGAAACUAGUAAAAAAAUGACGGAAGAUAAUACGGCAAUGCUUUUGGAGUUAAAGAAAUUGCGUGAAACGUUAGAGGAAUCUCGACUGAAAUCUUCGCAACAGAUUCCCUUACCUACUUCGUGUCCUUCUCGUUCACUUCCGUCUCCUCCUCCACUUUUACCUCCUUCUCCAAUUUCAUCUUUUCCUUCUUCUUCUUCCUCUCCUUCUCCUCCUCUUCCUUUACCGCUGUCCUCCUUAGAAUUUCAUCCACUACCACCACCAUCUCCUCCUCCUCCUCCACCACCACCAUCACCACCACCUCCUCCUCCUCCUCCUCCACCAUCUCCGUUACCUCUUUCAUUUCCUUCAAAAGCGCACACCACGGAAUCAAAACCUUCAAUACCACCCCCACCUCCGCUUCUCCCUUCAGUUUCCUUGCAAUCUCAAAUGCCGUUGAUAUUACCGACGACUCCUAACAGUAGCAGAAGUAGCAAGAAUAGAACACCCACAAGAAAGUGUUCCACGCCAUUGUACAAUAGGCCUAGGAUUACCGUCGAGGACUUACUGAAAGUCACCCUGAAAAAGGCUCCACAAACUAUCAAAGAAAACAGACGGAACACUGUACCAGGCCCAAGAGGUCCGGUCGUGUCUUUGGAAAUGUUGCGCAACGUAAAGCUGAAAUCUGCAAAGCGUAAAUCUAACGAUCAAAGCGGAAGAUCUCCCAGAAACGGCCGAAUCGUUAAAAACCGGAUUGCGUCAAAUAUCAAUCUCUCGCCGAUUUUAACUGGUUCGGAGGGCAAUUUGGAGCGCAUCCUACGACGAGUGAAUCUAAACAGACCGAGGAGACUCUUGUCCAGCUCAAGCAGCUUCACAAGGGAGAAAUCGUUGGAAACAUUGACUUACAGCCAAUCACAAUCCACGCUUGAAUGACCACAUUAUUACGUAUGGAUUGUGACAUCAGAAACAAGAAAUUUGUAAAUUAUAGAAU